UCAGGUUUGGGCAUGGGAGAGGAUCACUGUCCUUAGGCUAGUAGGAAAAAGAGGUACAGGAGAUAUUUUUCCUAUUGAUUCUGUAGGGGUCCACAUGCUACUAGAUGGUUUGCACACUUUAGUUGGACUAACACUACUAAGCAUGUGCUGAAAUUUUAUAGGUAUGUACUUGACUCUAUGACAGAAGAUCAGUUUAUCUGGGAACCAUAUACUGAUGAUUUAAUUGAGAGUCUUCCUGACUAUUGUCACGCUGGACGAGACAUGUGGCGUGUUAGAGUUUCAAUCUUCUGUUGGAAUGUGGUAGAGGUUCACUUGCCUGAUAGAGUGAUGAGGCAAUUUGGAUUGCAACAGGCAUGUCAUAUUCAUUCGAUGGUUGAUAAAGCUAAAUCACUUGAAGAUACGCCAUUGUAUGAGGACUUAUACAUGUCUAGAAAGAUGGUGCGGGAUCAAAGUUCUGAUUGUUUGAGAUAUGUCCACAAGGCCGACAAGAUUCAUGUAUCAGCCGAUUAUAGAAUAGAUGAGGUGCAACCUGAUCAGUUACGUCCCCAUAUUCAUAGGCGAUGAAAAGGCGGUGUUGCUGGAAGAAGAGAAUGUGCUAUUGCGAGAGACCAA